CUGGAGACAGCAAGGAGAGGGUGGGAGAGGGAGAAAGACGCUUGGGAUUUAGUAGCAGGAGGGAGAGAGUGAAAGAGGGGAGGGGAAAAGUUAGACACGGACAAUCUUGCAGCAACUUUUUUCUCUUUUCCUUUCUCUGUGCAAGAAGCCCUCCAGAAAAGAAAAGAAAAGAAAAGAAAAGAAAAAGUCAAGAGGGACAAAAGCCCAUACUGGAUUAUUGCAUUUGCAUCGCCCUGCUCGCAUUUCCCAACCCGCUUCCUUGGACUCAUUUAUUUACGGAUUAAUGAGGUCGCACAUUUGUGGAUUUCUCCGCAGUUGAAGCUGGUGGCUGAGGUGAGGCGAGGUGAGGCGGGGCGGUGUUUUCGGAGGCGUGGAACCAUGUGGCUUCUCUGCUGCUUCCUGACUCUGCUGGCCCUCAGCUUGGGAUCGUGUGACACGCCGAUGUCAGAACAAGAUGUACACUGCCCAUCCUUGCAAGUGGAUGACUGGAAGUUCCCUCAGACGACCAGGCACAACAUCACUGGUUUUAAUCUGGUGAGGCGAUUCUCCCUGCUCAAGAGUUCAGAUGUCAAGAAGAUCCGCAACCCCCGAGGACCCGUCAUCCUCCGCCUGGGCAAGGCGGCUUUCAUACGUCCCAGCGAUCAGGUGUUCCCCCACGGCCUACCAGACGAGUUCACGCUGAUCUUCACCCUGGCAUUAAAGAAGGCUGCCCUGAGGGACACCAUCUACCUCUUCCAGAUAUCUGAUCAGAAGGGAUACCCACAGUUCUCUGUAGACCUCAACGGCCCCGAAGGCACCGUGUCCCUUCGAGCCAGAGGGACGGACCCUGAAGCUGAACCGGUGAGCUGCGUUUUCACCGGGGAGGGCGUGGAAGCCCUGAUGGACCUGCGCUGGCAUAAGAUGGCCCUCAGCGUUAAACAAGGAGCCGCUUCCCUCCACGUGGACUGCAGCACCAUCGAGACCAAACCCCUGGAGCCGCGAGGAGUCCUGCCCACUGAUGGACACACUCUGCUGGGCAUUCGGGCCUCCGAUGCAGGACCAGUGCAAAUGGACAUUCAGCAGGUGAUGCUGUACUGUGACCCCUCGCUUGCCAUUCAGGAGGCCUGCUGUGAGAUACCUGGGGCACGGUGCCCUCCUGACGCCCCGAAGAGCCGCCGUGCUGCUGAAAAUGACCUGGACCACACGUUCAACCAGGACAUUUUUGCUUCCAAGGACAUGGCAGAGAAGUGUGCUGGUUGUUUAUUCCUGAAUAGGGAAGAAAAUGUAGUAAGCUCUGAUGGGGCUGCUGGGUUGAAAGGAGAAAAAGGCGAUCGGGGUGAUGGCUGUUCUGGCUCCCAUUCAGGCCCAUGCACAGAGGGACCCAAGGGCCAGAAGGGAGAGAAAGGCGAGCAGGCAUCGCCAGGCAACUGGGGCGAAGCAGCUGGCUACAAGGGACAAAAAGGUCAGAAGGGAGAGAUCGGUCCACAGGGUCUGACAGGCACUCCAGGGAGGGAUGGUCGAGGAGGGUCCGUCUGUGUGGUCGGCCCCAAGGGACAGAAGGGUACACCAGGUACGGUUGGUCCCGAAGGAUUGGCUGGGGAGCCAGGGAAGCCCGGACUUCCAGGCUUACCGGGAAUUGGAAAGCCGGGCCCUCCAGGCCCUCCUGGUGGACCUGGUGGUGCAAAAGGAGAAAAGGGAGAUGCAGGACUACCGGGGGAAGAUGGCUUUCCAGGAGAUCCAGGACCAAGGGGACCAGGGGGGGUUAAGGGAGAGAAGGGUGACCCAUGUGAAGUUUGUCCAGUGCUGCCUACAGACAUGGGCAACACAGUGUCUUUGCAAGGGAAACCCGGCCCUAAAGGAGAACCUGGAUUACCGGGGGUAGGAGAGAGAGGACCGCCUGGCCUUCAAGGAGCAGACGGCAGCGCAGGACAGAAGGGAGACACAGGAUCAGAUGGCGCCAAAGGAGAAAAGGGAGAGCCAUGUUCUGUGUGCCCCACCCUUGGAGAAUUACCUCCUAAUUUUGUUCCUGGUACCAUGACCCAAAUCCAACAGACGAAAGGCCAGAAGGGAGAGGCAGGGAUUGGACAGAAAGGAGAGCAAGGGGAGCCGGGAAAUGCAGGAUCACCUGGCCUUAAAGGAGAGAAGGGUAAUGCAGGCAGCAAAGGGGCUGAUGGCAAGCCGGGAAAAACUGGGCCGAGGGGACACACCGGCAAAGAUGGACAGAAAGGUCCAAAGGGAGACCAAGGGCUGCCUGGUCUCGGUUCUCCUGGCCUAAAGGGUGAGAAGGGCGAGUGCGGUGUGUGUCAGCCAUCAGAGGUUGGCAGCGGCCCUGCCAGCAUAAGAAUGCCCGAGGGAGUGAAAGGCACACAGGGUGAACCGGGUCCUCCAGGGCCACCUGGACCACCAGGUCUUGGUGCUGAUGGCAAACAAGGCCUACCAGGUCUGGUUGGUGCUAAAGGAGAAAAGGGUGACCAGGGUGACAGUGGAGACAAGGGAUUGGAUGGAGUUCCUGGAGCCCCGGGACUGCCUGGAGAGCCAGGUCGGGAUGGACAAACAGGCUUGAAGGGAGAGAAGGGGGACGCAUGUACCAGCUGUACUUCUCCUGGCGCUGUGGUGGGUGAUGGCGUAGCUGUGCCAGGCCCCAAAGGAGAGAGAGGAGAGCCUGGUCCCCCAGGAGAAGGGAAGCCUGGCAGAAAUGGAAAACCAGGUUUACCAGGUGUGCAGGGGCCUGCCGGUCCCAAGGGGAGCAAGGGGGAAGCUGGAGUCGCAGGAGUUGGCCUUCCGGGACCGCAAGGUGUCGAAGGUCCAAGGGGGCUCCCAGGACUUGCAGGGACUCCUGGUAUCAGUGGGCUGCCUGGCCCUGUUGGCCCCGCAGGAGUAAAGGGCUCCAAAGGUGAUAUUGGGCUUCCAGGACCACAGGGUCCAGAGGGUGUUGGAGCAGUAGGACCUCCAGGUAGAGAUGGAGCCCCCGGCUCUUUAGGACUGCCCGGAGCGGAGGGCAAACCUGGGCGUGACGGAGCUAAGGGGGACAAGGGUGAACCCGGAGAGUGCAACUGCAUAUCGUCGGUGCACACUGGUGUAGGCGGACCUGGAGCCCCGGGAACUCCAAUGAACCCGUGGCAAGCCGGGCCUCAGGGCCCCCCAGGACCUCCUGGCCCACCUGGCCCACCUGGGCCUCAGGGAUCUACUGGAAACACGGGACCCCAGGGUAUCCCUGGAAACGACGGGCUACCGGGGAAACCGGGUUUGCCUGGAAACAUCAGCCCCACCGGACCACACGAGCUGCCUCGAGACGAAAGCACCGAUGAUGACUGUGAGGGGGGCUGUUCCCAAGGUUCCCCAGGGGUGCCAGGCAUGUCUGGUGCCAAGGGAGAAAAAGGAGAGCAGGGCAAGCCUGGUGUAAACCCUUUGGACAGCUGUGACAGGUGUUUGGAGAGACUCCAGAGGGCGCAGAGGGAACAGGCAACACAACCAGCGGUCGAUCAAUCGUGCACAGGAGCACCUGGUAUUCCAGGAAUGCCUGGAUCACCGGGGCUUAAAGGAGAUCAAGGUCCCCCAGGAGAAAGGGGGCAAGCAGGAAUCCCAGGACUCAUGGGACCUCCGGGUUUCCCUGGUGCUCCGGGUCCAUCUGGUUUAAGUGGUCAACAGGGCGAGCGAGGGUUACCCGGCCUCCCUGGAAUGAAGGGCGAGCAGGGCUCUCCGGGGACCUCCGGGUAUCCAGGAACCAUGGGACCACCUGGACUGCCUGGACUGAAGGGCGAGCGUGGAAGCCCGGGAGGCAGUGGUCAGAAAGGGGAAUCGGGCCCUCCUGGUAACCCUGGGUAUCAAGGACAGGCUGGCUCACCGGGUAUUAAAGGAGACACGGGACCAGCAGGGCCUGCUGGGCCCAAAGGGGAUCAGGGUUUCCAAGGACAACCAGGUUUCCCAGGACCACCAGGUGGACCAGGUCCUUCCGGCAAACCUGGAAGAGAAGGGCUUCCUGGGCUCAAAGGUGAAAAAGGCAACGAUGGUGCUCAAGGCUCCCAGGGACCAUCUGGACCCCCCGGCUCACCCGGCUCCCCAGGCUUGAUGGGCCCUCCCGGCAUUGAAGGAAUGGAUGGAAAAGAUGGGAAACCAGGGCUGAGGGGAGAGACAGGCCCUCCAGGCCCAGCAGGACCACGAGGAAUCCCAGGAUUCAAAGGGAAAACUGGCCAUGUUGGCUUUCCCGGACAGAAGGGUGAAAAUGGACCUUCAGGUCCACCUGGACAACCUGGCAGACCUGGCCAUGAUGGUGAUCCAGGUGCCCCAGGAGCUCUGGGCCGACCUGGGCCCCCAGGUCAUGCUGGUUCCACAGGUCCAGCUGGACCACCAGGACCUCCUGGUGCAUCAGGAUUGGGUAUAAAAGGAGAUAAGGGCCAGGCUGGAGAGAGGGGUCUCCCGGGGAUGGGAGGACCCCCAGGACCACCGGGGCACCCGGGGUCUAUGGGAGAGCCAGGCACCGACGGUGCAGCUGGUAAAGAUGGAGCGGCGGGCCUUCCGGGGGACAGCGGGCAGCCAGGUCAGAAGGGUGAACCAGGGGCCCCUGGCCAGAGGGGUGCUCCAGGUGAGAGAGGUAGACCAGGGCCCCCUGGUGGUGGAGGAUACCAUGGCAAAGAAGCACAGCCCAUGAUUGGCCCAGUCGGACCCAGAGGGGAACGGGGAAGCCCCGGCUCAGAGGGCCCCCCUGGAUCUCCUGGUCUUCCAGGGUCACCGGGAAAUGAUGCUGUCGUCAAUUAUGAUGAAAUCAAGAAUUUCAUCCGGCAGCAGGUGAUCAAGAUCUUUGACGAGAGAAUGGGCUACUACUUGUCUCGUAUGCAGAGUCCAGUAGAGAUGGUGUCAUCCCCAGGCCGACCUGGACCCCCAGGGAAAGACGGGACACCCGGUAAUCCAGGAGCUCCAGGUGCCCCUGGAAUGCCGGGACAGAUCGGCAGACAAGGUCGACCAGGAGGUCAAGGACUCCCAGGACCACGAGGACCACAGGGAGAAAAAGGAGACAAGGGUAUUGGAGAGAUGGGAGAUAUAGGACCUCCAGGAGCACCAGGUGUUCCAGGACCCCCGGGCUACGGUAAGAUGGGACCCCCUGGUCCUGUUGGCCAACAGGGCGUUCCUGGAAUCCCAGGCCCCCCUGGACAGGCUGGUUCAAAGGGAAAUGAUGGCCGGUGUAAUCCAGCAGACUGUAUGAGCCAUCAAGUGGAGUACAGCCCCAAGGGCCCACCUAUGAAGGGCCCCUGGUAGAGGGCUAGAGGACGGGGCCACGGGUAAAGAGACUUAUACGGAGAAGACACAAAGCCAAAGACCAUGACCCACAGUUAUUAAGUCUGACCACAAGAUGGAAUACAGGAGCUGCCUUUGUUGUUGGAUAGAUAGAUUUACAGAGUUCUACCAUACAUCUGAGCAGAAACCCAUAAUUUCUUUAUAAUGGCCCCGCUGGAACUGAGGCCUGCAGACACACCAGCAGCACAUUCUCAUUGCAUCAGUCUUUUCCCCCUUGACUGCCGAGUCAUUGCUAUAUUACAGUCUCUUAUUUCGGCCUUGCCUCAAUUCUUCUCUUUUUUCCCCUCCUCACUAUGUUUUAUUCCUUUUGUGUGUUCCUCAAACUACCCAGGAGAGGCGACAAGAAUCACAAUCUGUAUUUCCUCCUCCUUGAUUAAUUCUGGCCUCUGCUGUUUUUUUUUCUUUCUUUUUUACUUCCUCCAAUUUCUUUGUCUAAAUCUGCAGGAAGAGAAUACACACAGUUAUUGUAGCACUUUGCUUUCAUCUCUCAUAUCUUUGUUCCUUCCUCACACAAUCUCAUUCCGAGUGCAUCCCAUGCAUUUCUAAUAUUCCGUCUCAGCGCUUGAGGUGUGAUUUGAAUUCGACCUGUAAGAGAAUAUCCCAUGCCAUUCAGUUUUGCAGAAACAGAUGCCAGUUGCGUCCAUACCCUCUUUGACAGAUGGACUGUUUUGUAUAUAUUUAUAUUUAUAUAUAUAGCGGCUGUUUUAUACUUUUUCCAAAGACUUCGAUAAAAUUCAUACACGUGGCAACUUAUUUUUCACUGUCGACAUUUAUUGGGCAACAAAAAAAUUGAUAUUUUUCUGUUUGUCUGUAAGCUCUCAAAAUGGAAUGAUGUGUUCAGUUAAAGAAGAAGAAUUAUUUAUAGAAGAAAAUCGCGUUUUCGGAGGAAGAACAUCGGCUCUUGUAAUUAUGUUGCUCAAGUCCACUUUGUGUCCUUUUGCCGCCAUUAUUUUUAGAAGUGCAGCCAUUUUAAAGUAUCUCAUCUCAUUUUGCAUUUACAAAGUAGCAAUAAAAGCCAUCUGCCUGCCUCGCUGGGCACUUGUUUAAGAAAACGAAUAAAACACGCUAACAAUUGAGCCCAUUCACCAUAGGUACUGUAAUGCAGCACAGCCACCGAGCACAGCCACCAUCCACCCUCAGCAUCACAUCAGGAUAAAGAAAAUAUUCUGAACACUUUUUCACUAACAACUUUUGUAGUGUUACAUGUUACUGUAUUUUGGGGUUUUUGAUUGAUUUUUUUUAAAUAAUUUUUUUAUAUCUGCGGAGUUUCAAACCAUUACCAUCUCUUACAUGCUCUGUAGUUUAAUCAGCUGUUUAAACUAUGAGCCGUGGUCGGACUUUGGUUCUCACAAGCUAACCCAUGGGAAAUGUUAAACUGAAUUAAAUUGCUUUUCAAAGA